AGCUCCUCAAGAGUACGGGACAUGAUUGACUUCCUUCCCAGGGGCUGAAAGGCAUCAAUCCCUUGAUCCAUCUGCACCAACUCCUUGCCCUUUGCAUUUGACACAGCGCCUAUUCUAUAAGACAAACUGAGAAUAAGAUACCGCGAUGCCGCGCCGUACCCACGACUCCAUCUGCUCUGAGACACAUAAAGACCUACGAUCUCAGAGACGCAGCAGAAACCGGACCUCGAAGCAAGCCGAGAAAUACUAUGGAUAUCGCUGCGUGCAACCCGGCUGGAUCGACCAGGAGUACCUCUCUGUGACCCGAGUUCCCCGAGAAUGCUUCUAUCCAAACAUCAACAUAUUCGCAAGCUGCGCCCCGCUCGUCACAGAUGCCGCCGACAUCAAAGUUGCAAAGUGGACAAAACGAGACAUGUGGCUAGACCGCGACGUGGAUAUCUGGCCGCUCGACGUAAGACGCCACAAAGGGAGGAGGAUCCGGGAGAAAUACUGCUGGAAGUGGAACGAGCUCGAAUUUGGGCGCAGGAUGAAGCAGAAAUCCCGGUGUCUCGAAUUCGCCGCUGAAGAUGGCGAGUUCUUAGCCCUAGAUGAUGAUCUCGAUAUGGACGCCGCGGUCUGCUGGUUGUGUGAACCAUUCUGGGACGACGAGGAGGAUCAGGGUCGCAAUGAUCGCGGUGAGCGGCCACCUCGCUAUGUUAGCCUCGAUGGCGAAUGUUACUCCGACGACACUCCCCAGGAGGUCGACGCCGACGACGUGGACGGUCCCUGGGAGAGGGAACUCCUUGACCUGUAUUGCGACAACGGCGAUGGAGAUGAUUUCAGCGUCAUUUCAGAGCGGGAGGCAUUCGAUGACAUGUCGUUACCUUCGAUUGAAGAUGAUUAUGAAAUGGUCUGAGGAAGGACGACGAGGCGACAGCAGCCAUUCAUGGUGACAUGGACUCUGUACACUAUUUGAUGAAGAAAGCGCAGCGCAGCGAAGCUUGAAAGUGAAGAAGCCAUGAUGCUCUCUUAGCGCUAAUGAUUGGAAACAAGUCCUUGACGACGGGCGAGACCCCGAUCGACCAAGCAUGCAUUCAAAUGAGCGCAAAGAUUGAAGCUAGAAAUGCGCAAUGACAAUCUAUGUCUAGCCAGACUUUUCCUCUAAGGUAAAGACAGUGAGA